AUGAAUGAGAAUAAUGUUGUUAAGUUUAUGAAUAUUACAGAUUGUGAUCGCAGAACUGCAUGUUUUUGCCUAAACGAAUACAAUGGUAAUAUGGAUUUAGCUUUAUCAUUCUAUUAUGAUGUAUUUUUAGCAAACAAUGCCAAAGUUCCAGAGAAAUUUAGUCUAGAAGAUUUCGAAAAACAAUAUGGAUUAUCAUUGUCGACGAUUCCCAACAAAGCUACGCAAGAAAUAAAGACUCCUACCGAAUCUAUCUUUGAAAGAAAAUAUCCAAUUGAAGAUGAAAUUGUCGUUCCUGAAUUUUUACACCGCAAAAAGCCAGUAACACCAGAAGUCUUCUUCCCCAACCCACAAAUUCCUCAUGUUAUCAAAGAACAAGGUCCAGUACUUAUCAAUGAUGAGGCAUGCAACAUAAAUCUCAUGAUGAAGAAUACAUACACCAUUGAUACAUCUUAUUUGCCCCAUGUUCUUAUAACAGUUUGGGCAAAUGGAAUUACUAUUAACGAGCAUUUUAUCGCCAAUAACAGCGAUAAUUACAAUGAAAUGUAUAAUGAGAUUAUCAAUGGCAAAAUCCCAUCUCUAAUUGAUGCUAAAACAAGCGAUGUAGAACUUAUUAACAAUCAUACCGAAGAUUACCGAGUUAAAUCUCAAUAA